AUGGAAGGUAUUCAUGUUUUAACACAAGACUUUAUAAAUGUGCAUAUUACAAAAUCUGAUGAUGAAAGUGUGCCUCCUAUUGAACGGAGGUUUAACAAAGGUAUAACAGUGUUGGAUUUUAAGACUAAACUUGAACUGGUUACUGGAGGAACAGCAAGUACCAUGAAACUGAAAGUGUAUGACAACAAGAACAACUUUUUAUGUGAUAUUGACAAUGAUACCGCUUUGCUUGGGUCUUAUCCAAUUGAUGAUGGCAUGAGGAUCCAUGUCAUUGACAAGUUUGCCUUGGUUCAUGAUUUUGAUCAUACUGAUAGUGCAGAGAGGUUUAAGUUAUCAGAAGAAGAAUAUGAAAAAAAGGGUGAUACACUUAGAUCAUUUCUACAAAAAAAUAAGCUUGGGAAAUAUAAUGCAGAAGAGAUGGCUAAGAUGAAAGAGCAGCAGGAAAAAGAGUUAGAGGAAGAAGCAAAGUUAGCUGAGUCAGUCUUAGUUGGUGCAAGGUGUGAGGUACGUGUACCAUCCCAACCUUCCCGGAGAGCUACUGUUCGCUACAAUGGGCCAUUGGAAGGAACAAAAGGCUUGUGGAUUGGUGUACAAUAUGAUGAACCAAGAGGAAAGAAUGAUGGAUCAGUCAAUGGUAAAAGAUACUUCACUUGUCCACCCAAGUAUGGAGGUUUUGUAAAACCAGGUUAUGUUACUGUUGGAGACUUCCCCGAAGAGUCAUUUGAUCUAGAGGAUGAAAUAUGA